AUGUCUCGUCCUUUCCAUGUCUCGUCCUUUCCAUGUCUCGUCCUUUCCAUGUCUCGUCCUUUCCAUGUCUCGUGCUUUCCAUGUCUCGUGCUUUCCAUGUCUCGUCCUUUCCAUGUCUCGUCCUUUCCAUGUCUCAUCCUUUCCAUGUCUCGUCCUUUCCACGUCUCGUCCUUUCCAUGUCUCGUCCUUUCCAUGUCUCGUCCUUUCCAUGUCUCAUCCUUUCCAUGUCUCGUCCUUUCCAUGUCUCAUCCUUUCCAUGUCUCAUCCUUUCCAUGUCUCGUCCUUUCCAUGUCUCGUCCUUUCCACGUCUCGUCCUUUCCAUGUCUCAUCCUUUCCACGUCUCGUCCUUUCCAUGUCUCGUCCGUUCCAUGUCUCGUCCUUUCCAUGUCUCAUCCUUUCCAUGUCUCAUCCUUUCCAUGUCUCGUCCUUUCCAUGCCCCGUCCUUCCCAUGCCCCGUCCUUCCCAUGCCCCGUCCUUCCCAUGCCUCGCCCCUCUCUUCUCUUCUCCUCUCCUCGCCCUCCCUCCCUCCCUCCUUCAUGCAGUUCGAAAUGGGGAGACGCUGCAAUCCAGGUCAUAUCCUUCGAUGAGGGGGGCCAGGAGGAGCCAGUGGAGCCGGGGGGGAUUCGAUUCCGCUCCGAGUUUGUACACACCAUGAGCCUCAUGCACGCGCUCGCGCUGCAGAGACUACGAGGAGACUCACACCUCACCAACUUGACUUAUGGUCGUUUCAUGGACAUCCCACCAGAGCCGCCAGUGGAUGCGGAGCAGGUGGAAGAAUGGAAGCGAGUGCGCGGAAACAAGUCCUCCAUUUUCCUGCGUGCCCACCGCCCCCACCUGGAGAAGUACUGGCGGGCGCUGCCUCUGGCAGUGCUGGGGGGAGUGAACCCCACGGAGUGCAGCAUCCUGGAACCUUCCCGCGAUCGUGUGUACCUGGUGAUGUGCUGGCUGCACCGCGCGCUCGUGGCUCGGCGCAUGGCGGGAGGGAUUUCCCAAGACGCUCCGAUUGUGUCGAGAAUAUACCAAGUGUUGUCUGACGGCAUGCUGGGGUACGAGAACGCGCUCAAGAUAGUGAACACGCCCUUCCCCUUCCCCUUCGCGCAGUGUGUGGCGCUCCUCCUGCACAUCAACGCCCUCGUCAUCCUGCUCCUCAUGGCCGACUGGCUCGCAGACCCAUACCUUGCAUCAGCUAUCACUUUGCUCUCCGUCUUCUCGUUUUAUCUUCUGAAUGAAGUUGCAAGGGAGAUUGAGGAACCGUUUCAAUUCGACCCGAAUGACCUUCCGAUGGUGUAUUUGCACCACAAAUUCAACGAGCGGCUUGUGACGGCGUUUACUAGAAGUGCUUUCCCAGCGGAUGGGCUGUUUACACAGAUUGACGACAAGGAGAUGGAAUGGCUUUUAGCUAAGCACCGGCCGCUGAUGGUGACAGAAGGAGUGGAGCGGGAAGAGGGAGUUACUGCCACAGCCUGUGUUGUCGAUGUGUUGUGCGCUGACGAACCUCGAGAUAAGGUUCGGGCCGAGGCUGGCUCGGGGGGUGGAUGA